AUGUCUUGGCUCGCCGGGAUCUCCAUUGAAAGUUCUGAAAAUGAUAACCUCGGCGUCGACUGGGUCUUACAAUAUGAAUUCGGCGACAUAGACCAAUCCCAUGCCAUCGCAGAGUUUCGUACUCUCAUGGCCGAUCUGACCGAAGCUGGUCUUCGUGUUCAGGUCCGUCAUGGUCAUGGAAAAGCCCUCCUCGUCUGUCUUCGUGUCCCGAGGGACCAUCUUGGCAAAAUGAUUCAGAAGUCAAGAGUAAAGGAUUGGAUGUACGCCAUCACCCAUACCCUCCCAUCAGCCACCGACAUUUCCGCAGCCGCCGAAACCCCCGCCGAGGAAAUCCGCUCCAUAUACCACGCCGUCACCUGGUCGAAAGAACUCGGCGGCGCUGGAAUAACACCUGAAUUUGGCAAAUGGGAGCGCAUCACCGCUUCAUUCCCGCUACAUGAUAAAGAUGCCUGCACAGAGUUGUUGAGGGCGUGGAGUAGGAAGACCGUCCUCACCAUCCGGGAUCUCGAUACCAUUCGCGCGCUCUUUGGCGAGAAAGUUGCUUUUUAUUUCGCAUUUAUCCAGUGCUAUUCCAUUGCUUUGGUUAUACCUGCCGCGCUGGGCAUCGUGGGCUGGCUUUAUUUCGGGCCUUAUUCGAUUAUAUAUGGGUCUACGCUAUGUGUGUGGUGUAUCUGUUUUGUCGAGUAUUGGAAGGUCCGCGAAUUCGACCUUGCGCAUCGGUGGGGUGUGCGUGGUGUGGGUGCUCUCAAGGUCAAUCGCCCGCAGUAUAAAUGGGAGAAGGAGGUCAAGGAUCCGAUUACUGGCCAAGUGACGCAUGUCUUUCCUGGAUGGAAGCAGUUUCUGCGACAACUUUUACUCAUCCCGUUUGCUUCGGUCGCGGCAUUUGCGCUGGGAAGCUUGAUCAUCGUGACCUUUGCUUCGGAGGUAUUUAUCUCCGAGGUUUAUGAUGGGAAAUUCCAAGGUUUUCUGGAAUUUGCGCCUACAAUUAUUUUCUCGCUAUCGCUGCCAUUUAUCACAUCGCUGCUAACGCGCAUCGCGACCCGCUUGACGGAGUACGAGAACUAUCGCACGAGAGAUCUUUAUGAUCUGGCCCAGACGCAGAAGACCUUCGUCAUGAACUUUAUCACUUCUUUCCUGCCGACCAUCUUGACGGCCUACGUCUAUGUUCCCUUCGGCAAGACAAUUGUCCCGCAGCUGGAUAUUAUCAAGCGAGCGGGUUUGAAUAUCGAGAUGGCGCACAAGGACUUUCAGGUCGACGCGUCUCGCUUCCAGCAAGAGGUCAUCUACCUAUCCAUGACAGCGCAGAUCUUCAGCUUCUGCGAGGAGAUCAUCCUCCCCUACGUCAAGCAAAAGCUAUACCAAAAGUGGCGCAAUUACCAAGAUCGCAAGGCCGGAUUGACUCGCCAGCGCAGUUUCUCCAAAGCCACAGAUCUUCUCCUCCUGGAUCCGCCCGGUGAAACUCCAUUUUUGCAACGCCUCCGUGAAGAAGCCGACUCGGACGGCUACGAGGUUGAAGAGGACAUCCUGGAGAUGUGCGUGCAAUUCGGAUAUCUCGCCCUGUUCGGCGUGGCCUGGCCACUCGUUCCACUCGGUUUCUUGCUAAACAAUUGGCUCGAGCUACGUGGUGACUUUUUCAAACUCGCUCGCGAAAAUCAACGUCCACCGCCUAUCCGUGCAGACUCAAUCGGUCCUUGUUUGCUGGGACUGGAUUUCCUGGCUUGGAUGGGAACGCUCUCCACCGCUGCUAUUGUCCACAUCUACCGCGGUAAUAUGGAAGAGGUACACCUCUCCUCCCUUCUUCUUACCGUCUUCAUCGCCGAACAGGCCUACCUAGCCAUCCGCUUCACCGCUGCUACAGCCAUGCAGAAGAUCUUCGCGGAAACUUUGUACCAAGAAGAAACCUGCCGCCAUGCCGUGCGGAAAAAUUUCUUCGAAAUGAGUAUGGGCAUUGCGUCGGGUCGGGCUGGAUCACCGGGUAAUUCGCCCGGUCGUGUGCGACAACGUGUUCGUUUCCAUGAGCGGGUCAAUGUGUACGAGUCUGGGACUGAUACGACGCAAUCGGAUGGGUCUCCAUCUCCGACGAUGGAGAAGGUUCAGGAUGAUGUUCUCAAGGGGUCGGAUCGGGAGGCGGCGUUCUGGAAUGCCCACUCUUACGAUACGGCCGAUGCCGGGGUGAAACUUAUACGGGCGCUGAGUGAGAGUCCGAUCGAGGAGAAGAGUGCUAAGAGAGCUUAG